UCUCCCUGGCCUCGCUCCAGCCGGCCUCGCUUUCGCUCGGCGCUGCCCCACCGCUCUGCCGCUGUCUGGCUUCUCCGACGUGUUUUGUUUGCGACGCUGUCGUGUAACAGCGCGCUUUACGGCCGUGGGGACGGGGCGAGCCGGCGCCAGGGUCGCUCCGGCCGGGAAGCAGGGCAGGCGGUCGAGGUUGAUGCCCGGCGGCGGGGUGAGCGCGGCGUCUGGCCGACUUCUCAUUGCCGCGGAGCAGAGGGGUGCCCGGGAAGCGGCGGGGUCGGCGUCCAGGAGCGGCCCGGGAGGCUCCGGCGGCGGCGGCGGCAGAGGCGGAGCAGGCGGCCCCGGGCCGGGCAGUGGAGGCCCGGGGGGGCCCGCGGGCAGGAUGAGCCUGACCCCGAAGGAGCUCUCGAGCCUGCUGAGUAUCAUCUCGGAGGAGGCGGGAGGCGGCAGCACCUUCGAGGGCCUGUCCACUGCCUUCCACCACUACUUCAGCAAGGCCGACCACUUCCGCUUGGGCUCGGUGCUGGUCAUGCUGCUACAGCAGCCGGACCUACUGCCCAGCGCGGCACAACGCCUCACCGCGCUCUACCUGCUCUGGGAGAUGUAUCGCACCGAGCCUCUCGCCGCCAACCCUUUCGCCGCCAGCUUCGCCCACCUGCUCAACCCCGCGCCGCCCGCUCGCGGCGGCCAGGAGCCCGAUAGGCCGCCCCUCUCAGGAUUUUUACCUCCUAUAACUCCACCAGAAAAGUUUUUUCUUUCCCAGCUGAUGCUGGCACCCCCAAGGGAACUCUUCAAAAAAACACCUCGACAGAUCGCAUUGAUGGAUGUUGGAAAUAUGGGCCAGUCUGUGGACAUUAGUGGGCUUCAGUUAGCCUUGGCUGAACGCCAGUCUGAAUUGCCAACCCAAAGUAAGGCUAGCUUCCCUAGUAUUCUCAGUGACCCAGACCCAGAUUCUUCUAAUUCUGGAUUUGACAGCUCAGUUGCCUCUCAAAUCACAGAAGCUUUAGUCAGUGGACCAAAGCCACCUAUUGAAAGCCAUUUCCGGCCAGAGUUUAUUCGUCCACCACCUCCACUCCACAUUUGUGAGGAUGAGCUGGCUUGGCUGAAUCCAACAGAGCCUGACCAUGCGAUUCAAUGGGACAAAUCAAUGUGUGUCAAGAAUAGCACUGGUGUGGAGAUCAAGCGAAUAAUGGCCAAAGCCUUCAAAAGCCCCUUAUCUUCUCCUCAACAAACACAGCUCCUGGGUGAAUUGGAAAAAGACCCCAAACUCGUUUAUCAUAUUGGCCUCACUCCAGCCAAACUUCCAGACUUAGUGGAAAACAACCCUCUAGUUGCUAUAGAAAUGCUGCUGAAGUUAAUGCAGUCAAGCCAGAUCACGGAGUAUUUUUCGGUUCUGGUCAACAUGGACAUGUCUUUGCAUUCAAUGGAAGUUGUAAAUCGACUCACUACAGCUGUUGAUCUACCUCCUGAAUUUAUUCACCUUUACAUAUCAAAUUGCAUCUCUACUUGUGAACAAAUUAAGGAUAAAUAUAUGCAGAAUCGUUUGGUGCGUCUUGUGUGUGUCUUUCUUCAGUCCUUGAUCCGUAACAAAAUAAUUAAUGUGCAGGACUUGUUUAUAGAAGUGCAGGCAUUCUGUAUUGAAUUCAGCAGGAUACGAGAAGCUGCUGGCCUUUUCCGAUUGUUGAAGACCUUGGACACUGGAGAAACACCUUCCGAGACCAAAAUGUCAAAAUAAUACCUCAUCAGAACCACCACAUUCAUUAUUCAGCUGUAUUGUGACUUAAUUUUUAAACUGUUAGAACCCUGAGUGGAUUGCUUGGCCUAAUGCAUAUAAACACUACUUUAUCUACUUAAAGCAAAAUUUUCCCUUCCUGGAUGGCUUUUUCCUUGAAAUGGAUUUUUGGUAAGAACUUAGAAAAAUGUGUCUAUUUUGGUGUCUUUGCUGAUGAUUAGGAUUAGCAGUUAUCCAAAAAAAGUUCCUGCAAAAAAGUAGAUGCGGUCUUUAGCACUGUAGAACCAAGGUGCCUGUUUUUGUUUAAAACACAACUUACAGGCUACUGAUAAAUCAAGAAUCCCAGUUUUCUUAAGGUUCUAAUAUUUUAGUAUUUAAUGAGAGUAAAUGAAGACAUUCUUAAGAAUUUGUCAUACUGCCCUUGAGGUGAAAUCAGUUAAGUGUUUUUGAAUCAAGUGGCAAACAGAAGUUUGGUCCUUGAACCCAUUUAUGCGUAUAGCCCUUACCGCCUCCUGAAGCACAGUUUGAACCAAGGAAAUGCUUCUAACUUUAUCCUUUCUUGUCAUGGGGACUUAAUAGACAACAAAAUACAUGCAUUCCUUGGACCUCUUAGAAACAUGGAAACUCUUAGAAACCUUUUUUGAGACUAUAAUAGCUGGUGUAGUGUUCUGUUUUUUUCCUCUCGAGCUGUUCAUUAGUUCUUCAGUUCUUAGUCUAAGAUAGUUAUUUUCUUGUUUAAAGGAAAAAUAUUAGUCCAUGUUUUGGGAGAUAACAUCACCACUGAGGAACUGUCAUGUACAGUCUGUACCCUGCUGCCUGUGCUAGGGCAGAUGACCUGUUUGAGACGUAGGAGGACAAGGUGGCUGGCGUCAUGUGGGCUGUUAUCCCUCAUUUAACUUUGGACAACAGUGCCUUACAUUAAAGUUUUUUAUGAACUGUA